CGGGCUGACAAGCGUGAAUGGAAUUGCCGUUAAAUAUGAACAUGGAGUUGUUUGCCGUUGUCGUGGUUCUGUUCUACAUUGGACGUCUCUUAGGAUCAUGUCAAGCAGCCACCUGCCAUGCGCACUGUGACUACGACCACGUGACAAGAAGAGCCGACUGUUCUUACCGAAAUCUGGACUGCAUCCCCGUCAACUACCCAGACUCCCUCGUCAUGGAUCUCAGCCACAACAAGAUAUCGAUACUUGAAGCAGCCGACUUCAACAGGACACUCACACAGUUGGUUGAGCUGUACCUUGACUUCAACAAUAUAUCGGAUCUGACGUCACUAAUGACGUCAACUGAGAUGGCAAGCCUAAAGAAACUGUCGAUUAAACACAACAUCGUUGUGCACUUGGACUAUUCUUGUAGGCUGGAUUCCCUUGAGGAUAUAUCAUUGGAUAACAACCUGAUCAACAGCUUUCACGAAUUUCCACAUUGUCAAAGUUUGAAGCGAUUUUCAGCUGAUUCAAACGAACUGCAAAGAACUGACAUGUUCUUAUUCGAUUGCUGUUUUCCCUCAUUUAUUAGCAUGCGGUUCAAUAGAAUAACAAGUUUAAUUAUUCAUUUUUUCCUUCGCCCGUUAUCUGGAAAUUGGACCGUGUUACUGGAUCACAAUGAAAUAAGCACUGUUUAUAUGGAUAACUGGGAUCGGAUUGACCUAGGCCUACUCUCUCUCAGUCAUAACAGACUACGAAAUGCAUAUGUCCAAGCUCCCAAUGAGCUGAUCAUAUCUAGCAAUGGAUUACUUGGAUUCGAUAACGGAUUCGGCGUUUAUCAACAUGAAAAUAAAUUCAUGGAGAAACUUGACGUAAGGAACAAUUCGUUCGAUUCCCUGAUACAACCAGAUUGGGCAGAAGGUCUCAAGAUCUUAUACGCUGAUGACAACAUGCUGACGAACCUGUCCUCUACAACCCUGCAAGGAUUCGUCAACCUGACGGAGCUCCAUUUAGCAAACAAUCGACUUCUAUUCAUCUCUUCGACCGCUUUGAAUCAACUCACCAUGCUAAGGUCCUUUUAUCUCGAUGGCAACGCCCUGACAUCAUUAUUUGGUGGAAUAUUUUGCACUCAAGCUGAAUUAGUAGAGCUAUCAAUCACCAACAAUCAACUCUCCGUCUUACAUCCUAAUUACUUCAUUGGUCUGGAUUCACUUGAACGUCUGUAUCUCGCUGGGAAUCGACUGCUUUACGUCCACUCGGUGGUGUUUCGACACAUGCCUGGACUUAUUACCUCGGACUUUUCUCAUAAUGAACUCGAGAUUUUUGAUAUCACAAAUUGCAGUCUUCUUAGCAACUUACAAUACGUUCUCCUGGAUCAUAAUUUAAUCAAUGAUUCCAGUUACAUACGUGGUCCCUGUAAUAACUUGGUUGUACUUGACAUAGGAUUCAAUCGAAUCGAAGUGGUUUCCGUUGACUCUCUUACUGCUAGAAACAGAGCGCUAUCCAGACUAGAGCUUGAAGGCAACCCGCUUCAGUGUGACUGCCGGUUGAAAGGUCUACGUGAGUGGCUUCUCAACAAUCCACCGUCUUCUCUCCCUCGAUGUCAAGGUCCACCGAAGAACUCCGGACGAGUGGUUACAGACUUGGACAUACAUGACUUCUCGUGCCACCCUCCAAAGGCUGUGAUUGACAAGAACAAUCUUACCGUGACAGUCGGUCAGACAGCAACUCUAUCAUGCACGGCUGUCGGCGUUCCUGUCCCCAUCAUAACAUGGCUGGACCCCAAUGGCACGGUAAUUACAGACAAACGGCACGGCAGGUUUGUCAUUAUUGAACGGUCGACUUUACACAUCAUUCCUGCAAACAAACCUGACCAUGGAAUGUACACUUGUUUGGUUCGUAAUCCCCUGGGUGAGACAGACAGAGCCGUGGUCAACCUUACAGUUAUGACUAUUCCACCCACAAUAACAUCUUUCUGCGCCUCUUCGGCAGGUGCCGUUCUCCCCACUGUGUUUGUUACCCUUGUGAUCACACUCACUGUUGUUGGCUUGGUUUUCCGUCUCCGUCACCGUCGCAAUGCAAGACCAAGACCCAAUCCAGCUUUCUCUGGGCAGCAAUCCAAGAUUACGGUUGACUUCCGAAAGCAGAAAGCCACGCAUGAAGAGGGAGGCUAUGUCACCAAAGUCGACGAUGGAACCUACAUGACUCCAACGCAAAGAGAUCAAGAAUCUACGUACGAGGAUACAUCAGGAGACGUGUAUGAGGUUACUGGCAUGCAAAUGUCACAGCAGAAUCAGCAACAAAUUACUCAUGACAACGACGACGUUUACGAACCAGUGUCUGUCAGCUAAGGCCUACAAACCUUGGUCUCCUGUCGUUUUGAUAAAGGUUACUUACGUCUAGUAGAUGACGUUGUGUUCUGACCUUGUCUCCCUGUUUAAGCCUCUGUAUGAGUGGUUAGUUCGCGAGUGUUUUCCUCAUAUACAAGCAGAGUUAAGACUCCUUUCAGAGCAACAGCUUUGGUGACUUGACUUACUCGAAUCCCAACGGGUUACUGACUUGACUCCUACUU